UCGUUUUCAUUGCCAUGCGCACACGGUCGUGGUCAUAUACACCCGUGCAUGCGUGUUAAUGCAAACUCCAAACUCGCAUUGUAAAUAAACAAUAUACUAUGAGCAACUGAAGUAACAAAAUGUGAAAAUAACGUAUAACUGUAUUAACAAUGGAAAACGAUUGUUCAGCGAUCGUUUAUGUUGCGAAUGAAGACAAGGAAUUAUCUCUUACAAUUACUUAUGGACAAACAAUUGAAGACCUUUGUAUUAAGGCCUGUAAAUCUCUUGAUAUAGGUCCAGUAGCCAGGCAUCUUUUUACUCUUAGAGAUCAUUAUACGAAACUUUGGUAUCCAUCAGCAUACCCCCUGGAAAUGAAAGAUAAAAACAAAUAUGACUUUCGGUUAAGAUUUAAACCUUCAAGCUUACACAGACUAAAGCAGGUUGACAUAAAAGCCUACGAUUAUUAUUUUCAACAGGCACGUUCAGAUGUUAUGGAUAGUAACGUACCAGACAUUGUUUAUGAAAGACAUAAACAAGAAUUAAUUGGUCUUGGUGUUAGUGAUAUGUAUAGAGUGAUGUUAGAAAAAAAAAUAUCAAGAGAAACAGUGCAAGCGGAAUACAGAAAAUAUAUUCCUAAAGAAUGUAUAAAGCGUCAUGCAUUUUUUAUUAAAAAACCAAUUCAGAAUGCACUUCGUAAAAUAUCUGGAUAUGAUGCAAAUUAUGUUAAAGAACAGUAUUUGAAACAAUUUGAAUGUAUGGCACCAAAUUACCCAUAUGAAGAAUAUGAAGCUUUAAUGGAUAGAGGUCUUCAAGAUCCUCCAGCAAAAAUUACUUUAAGAGUCAAUUUUAAUGAAGUAAAAUAUUGCGAAACAAUUACUAAUCCAUGGAUUACAUUAUGUGCAAUCGAAGAUUUAUGUUUUGUUUCUAUAAGACAAGAUAACACAGUGGAAAUAUCAAGAAAGAAUGGUAUACCUUCAUACUUAAUAUUUUUGAACAAUGCGAUUUUAGUGUCCUUUGUUUCUGCUCUGGAUGGUUACUAUCGCCUAGCAGUUAAAUGGACAUUUAAUUUAUGUGGAGAAAUUGUCACCCCUUCUUUAGAAAGGUUACAUAAAUUAAAAUGUCAUGGUCCAGUUGGGCAAGAAUUUUCAUAUAUGAAACUCCAACAAAAGCGUGCUAAUAAACCAGGUUCUUAUAUACUUAGAGAGAGUGAAACAGAGUACAAUGUAUAUUAUUUAGAUGCAUGCAAUAAGGAAGGAAAAUUAUUUUCAAAGAGAAUAGAAGAAAGGAUUGAAUCAGAUGAUUUCACUAUUACUGGUGUUUCUAGUCGAUACAAUACAUUGGCACAAUGUGUCUCAUCUUUCCAAGAUUCCGAAGGACAGCCAUAUCUUUCAGAAUGUUUACCGCCAUCAGAAUAUGAUAAAUCAUCAUUAUUACUUUGUGCUCCUGAAAGUGCAGUUAGUGAAGUUGCAGCUGAUGAACAAAUAGUUGCUUCAGUUUUAGAAACUGGACCUCGUUGUGUACCUCAAAAUCAGUUAGAAAUUUACAAACCUUUUUUAAGAACUACUAGGAUUCAACAAUAUUCACCAACAGCUCUUUAUAGAGCAAUUUGGAGAUUAACUAAAGGAAAAAAAUUAGAAGUUGCUCUGAAAAUUUUAAAACAAGAAGAAGAAAUACAUUUUACAAAAGAAUUUUUGGAACUUGCUGGAAAAUGGUCCCUAUUGCGUUCAAACGCUGUUGUAAGAUUAUAUGGUUUAACAGUAACACCAUCCAUUGGGAUGCUUCUGGAAUUGGUACGACAUGGCUCUCUUGAUGAAUAUUUACGUAGUUCUUCUUCUCAAACUAUCAAAACUGUAGAUAUGGUAGAAGCAACAGCUUGUUUAGCCACUGCUCUUUGGCAUCUUGAAGAGAAUGGUGUAGUUCAUGGUAACAUUAGAUGCAAUAAACUGCUAGUACAUGCCCAUACUAAUAAUAGUUUUGUCGUAAAACUUGCCGAUCCGGGGAUAUUUGUAUAUAAAGAAACAGAUAUUCACUGGUUACCUCCAGAAACUUAUAAUGAUCCAGAAUUGGCUAGACAUAGUUUUCAGGCAGAUGUUUGGGCUGUUGGAACAACAAUUUGGCAAAUAUUUGCUAGGGGAGCCACAUUACAAGAAUUCCGAAAUACUGCUAUUAUGAAGAAAUAUUAUGAAUCUGGAAAACGUUUACCUAUUCCAAAUGGUUGUCCUAUGGACGUAUAUAGGUUGAUGCUUGAAUGUUGGGGAGAUUCAAGUGGUUCUAGAAAACAACCUCAAGCAAUUAUGAGAGACAUUAAUCAAAUUCUGUAUCAAGUAUACAAUUCUCGCAGAAGUCAUACGUACGCAACAGCUUUCCCUAAAACACUUACUCCUGAAUUGAAAAAAUUUGAGCAAGAUAACUCUGACUCCAGCGAUAAUAGGUCAAUAAAUAGUGAAUCAAGAAGUAGUAGUCUUUCUACAGACAAUACAAGUCUUCAAUGGAAUGGCACUGAUGAUAGCAUACAAAGUUUAAUUAACACCAAUGAUAAUUAUAUAGGCAGUACAGAAGACCUCUCUGCAUAUUUAGGUUGGUUAUCUAAUGCAAGAAGAGAUUCAGAAGGGUGUUCAAUUUCUCAAAAUAACAUUCCUAACAUGAACUGUAUUGAACACUCCACUCAAGCUCUACGAAUAGGACACCCUGGUGAUUUAGGCGAGGUAAUGGGAAGAAAUGAACCUGGAACAGAAGAAGAUUGUGGAUCUGGAAGAAGUAGCAAUGGUUCUUUAGGUCAAAUGCGAGGCAUUUAUGAAUUAGAUAUCGAUUGUAAUAUAAUUCUGCAAGGCAGAAUCGGUCAAGGUUUUUAUGGGGAAGUUUAUAGAGGUACUUUGGAAAGAGAAAAUGGGAAAGAUAUUGAACCACAACAAGUUGCUAUAAAAAAAUUGAAAACAAGAGCACUUGAAGCAGAUAUAAGAGACUUUGAAAGAGAGAUUGCUAUAAUGAAGACCUUGAAACAUCCAAAUGUAGUGGAAAUUCUCGGUGUAAUAUCAGAACCUGAAGUUUGCUUGGUAAUGGAAUAUGUAAAACAUGGUUCAUUGCAAAGUUAUCUAACAAUUCACAAACAAGAAUUGACUCAUAAAAGACUAUUAGGGUUUGCUUUAGAUAUUGCAACAGGAAUGGAUUAUUUAGGUAGUAUGAGUAUUGUUCAUAGAGAUCUUGCUGCAAGAAACAUUUUAGUUGCAGAUGAAAAUAAAGUUAAAAUCAGUGAUUUUGGAUUAGCUCAAGUUACUGGAAAAAAUGAUUACUACAUUUUACAAACUGAUCGAGGCCUUCCUAUUAAAUGGUAUGCUCCAGAAAGUAUUAGAGAUGGAAAAUUUUCUACUCGAUCAGAUGUAUGGUCAUUUGGUGUGACAAUGUAUGAAACAUUUGGCUUUGGAGAAGAACCACGUUUACCCGGCCUUGAUUCAAGUAUAGACCGUCUUCAAAAUGAACAAGAAAAAGGAAGUACUGAAUUGUUGGCUGCAUUAGAAAGAGGUACUCGUCUUCCUUGUCCAUCUACUUGUCCACAAGCAAUUUAUGUAAAACUCAUGUAUCCUUGCUGGCAUUUACAAAGCCAUCAGAGACCAGAUUUUGCAACUCUUUGCAAGGAUAUUAAAGAUCUUCUUGCUCAAUACUAAAAGGCAAAGAUAGAAAAUAAAAAAUACAUAUGAAAUUAAAUGUAAGUUAGGCAAUUUUAACUUUAAAUUAUGUAAAAAAUUUGUACAAUUUUAAUUUUAAUAAUUUAUGGAACUUUGGUAUAUCUAUUUGUCAAAGUUAAAUUGAACUUUUUCAAAUUUAUGAACAUUAAGUAGCAAUAUAUUAAUUCAAAUUUAAUAGUUAAGUAAAUAUGCAAAUUGGUAGGUUUUACUUAGAGUAUAACUUGACCUUAAUUAAAAAAUUUAUAUGAAAUUAUUAUUAUAAGUAAUUGUUGUAAUUAUUCAAAAGGGAAGGUAUUAAUGUAGCUAUUUCCUGUUGUCAUAUAUUAUUUACUUUAGCAUUACGAAAAUAAAUUUAAAUUGUGAAUUUGUAAAGAGAUACAAUUUAAUAUAAAGUAGAAUGAAUUCCACAGAAUUCUUUCCUUGUGUAUAUGUAUAUAUAGGAGUUCUUUUUACAUACAAGUAAAUACUUAUUGUAAAAAAAUUAGUAUCUUUGCUUUUUGUAAGAAAUAAAUGAUCAUUUCAUUAAUUAUAUCACAAAAUUGAGAUUAAGAUGAAAAAAUAAUAUUUGUAAAAGUUAAGUAACUGCAAUCAUAUAUAUGUUUAAUACAAUAAACAUUAAAAGAUUUGUUGAAUUGGUAUAUUCAUUACAGUAUCAUUAAGAAUUAAGCCUAAAUAAGUAAAGUUCGUAUAAUAUAUUAUACUGUAGUUUGUUAAUAUUGAAAAAAACUAAUACGUCUUUUCACGAUUUUAAUCUUUAAGCACAAAUUUAAUUGAUCUCUUUCGUAGAAAAGUUUAUUUCUGAAAUAUAUGUGUAUAUUUAUCUAAUAUAUGUAUAUCUACAUAUAAUAUUACACAAGCGUACACAUAGUGCUACAAAAGUUAAGAUAUAUGUAUACUUAAAAUAAUCUUAUCAAAAAUCUGCACAUAUGUAUAUGUAAUUUUUGUUAACUAUGUAAUAUGUUUUUGUCAAAGAAAUUUAAAACUUAUUUUGUAGUCUUAA